AUGGAUCUCGUUAACCACUUAAACGACCGUCUCCUUUUUGCGGUACCCAAAAAGGGCCGUCUCCAUCAAAGCUGCCUGGAUCUCCUCCACGGAUCCGAUAUCCAAUUCCACCGCCACUCAAGAUUAGACCUAGCACUAUGCCUCAACCUUCCUAUAGCUCUGGUCUUCCUCCCAGCAGCCGACAUUCCCCGUUUCGUUGGUGAGGGAAGAGUCGACUUGGGUAUUACCGGUCGCGACCAAGUUGUCGAAUCCCAGGUUGACGUUGAGGAGAUUCUGGACCUCGGAUUCGGUUCUUGCAAGCUCCAGGUCCAAGUUCCGGAGAUGGGCGAUUACACUGACCCGAGCCAAUUGAUCGGAAAGAACAUUGUCACUAGCUUCACUGGUCUCUCUAGCGCUUACUUUGCAAAGCUUGAGAAGGAGCAAUCUGACGCCAAAAUUACAAAUGGAAACACUGUGCUGGCCCCUGGAGAGAUCUCACGCCCGACCAGUGCUAUGGGCAUGGCGGGAUUGAGAACCAAGAUCAAAUAUGUAGGUGGCAGUGUCGAGGCUGCUUGCGCUUUGGGUGUGGCGGACGGAAUCGUUGAUCUCGUUGAAUCUGGUGAGACGAUGAGAGCGGCAGGGCUCAAGCCGAUUGCGACGGUUUUGGAGACUACGGCGAUUCUUAUCAAAUCUAAGCACCCGUCGAACCCGCAGCUCAUCAAGACGAUUGAGUCCAGGAUACGCGGUGUCAUUACCGCCAAAAAAUACGUGCUCUGCACAUACAACGUUCCCCGGAGUAAGCUUGAGUUAGUCAAGACUAUUACUCCUGGUAAACGCGCUCCCAGUGUGAUAAUGUUGGAAGAGGAAGGAUGGGUUGCGGUGUCGGUCAUGGUGGAGAAGCGUAAGAUCGCUAAUAUCAUGGACAGCCUUGAGGAAUUGGGCGCCACAGACAUCUUGGUGACAAAUAUUGCCAACUCAAGAUCUGCGCCCGACCCACCAGCUUCGGCUUAA